ACUUUUCUCUAUGGCAUGGUUAAGAAAAAAGCAAACGACGCUAAACCCUUGUUUUUUAUCCGUUUUAGAUUUUUUUGGUGAGUUUUACUGUAAGGCUUCAAGAGAUAAAACUUCUGGGAUAACAGAUGUACUUUUAACGGAGUAAUAAGAUGAAUUCUUCAUGUGAUUCCACGACACAUUUUGCCUCAACAGUAUUAUUAGUAGACGAUGAUUGGACCAUUGAAGAUUUUGCAUUGGAAACAGCAACGAAUUUACAACAUUUAUUAAAGAUUAAUCAUAACCUGUGUUCAUUGAAUAAAGAAUUGUCAGAGAUUAAUGCUUCCACAUCUGCUUAUAUCGAAGAAAGCAAGCGUCGUUUAGCAGACCUCAAAUUCAAAUUAGCCAAUUCAACUGACAGUUCUCAUAAGGUUGUGAAAGUAUUCUCAGAAAUAUAAAAAAAUGUCAAUCCCCUUAAAUAAUGUUUCUCAAAGUACAAUAAAAAUAUCACAUGAAACUCGGGACCAAAAUGCAGAACUGCAACAAGCUAAAAAAUUUAUAGCAUGGUAUAAGCAAAUGAUUGACAAUGAACGUCAAAAUCUAGCUUUGUAUUUAUCUGAUGAUGCAAUUCUGGAAUGGUUUGGAAGAACUAUUAAAAGUAGAAAAAAAAUAUCUUUGUUUUUUAAACAUGACAUGCAAUAUACAAGACAUGAUUUCAUUUCUGUUCGUAACAUUGACAAGAUACAAAGUCGUCAUGAGCGAUUUUCAAGAAAUGAAGAGCACAACUUAUGUAGUUUUUUAAAUACUUCUGAAGUCUGUAACACUAAAAUAGAGAGAAAUAGCAGAAAGAGGAUAUUACAAUCUAGUAGCCCUGAAUGGGCAGAUAGUUGUCAGCCACCAGAAGGAAUUGACUGUUUUGAAAGUAAAAAAACUAAAACAAAUGACAUUCAAAAUCCAGAUAUUGAUUCCAGCCAUGACAGAACUGAAGGGAACUGUCUGAAAAGAGGUUUUAAUUUAGAAAAUUGUUCUGAUUUUAACAGCAAAGGUGAUGGUAUUUUAGGGAGACGUGUCAGACGAAAAUGUAUACCUGUCACACCACCUAAUUGUGAAUUGGGACAAGGUGAUUGUAUGCCUUCAACCAGUGGAACUGAUUCAAACAGAUCACAUGAUGCUUUGAAUGCUCAAUUAUCAAAACUGUUUGUUGAAUGUGAAGGUUUUGUACAGUUUACUAGAUCAAAGAAUUGCCUUAGUAAUGAUACAAUGACAUGGGAACGAAAAUGCAAGACUCAGAUCAGUUUUGCUGAAGACCCCCUUAAUGUCGGUGAAUAUAUAAUUUGGGCUAUUCAUUACACAGAUGAGAGUAAAUGCAGGAGGAAUCUCUUGUCUGCUUUUGAAGAAGUUGUUAAGGAAGAGGGGAUGACGGAUAUUAAAGACCAGUGAUUUAUAAUCCAUUCCACCAUUUAUUUUGUAAUUGAGAAGGAUGAAUUUCAAUUAAUGAACUGUAUAUUUAAAAAUGGUGGUUAUGUCAUAGCAUUAUAUGGUCCAGUGAUGGGUUUGUCUGUCAAAGUUCAAUUUUAAUUUACAGUUUGCAAAAAGUUACAAAUGCGCUUUAUGAAUUUUAUAAUAAAUGACCUUAUUAUGGUUGGUCAUUUGCAAACUUAUGUAACAAGCAAUUUUCUAAUUAAACCAUAUAUUUUUUACCAAAGUGAGAAAUAGUGAUCCUAACUAAAGUAUUUGAUCACAGCCCAAUUGUAAUUUUAAUUUAGGUGACAAAACAUACACAAUGUAAUGCUGACAAUAUAUAGGCAAUCUUCAGUUGGGGUACACCUGCUAGUUUACUUUACACCUUUAUGAUAAUAUAUAUAAAAUUAGCUUAUGCAAUUAAAAGAACUAUUAGUUUUUCUGGGACUUCACAAAAAAUAUGUUUUUAAUUCAAUGGAGUAUUUUUCAUGCAUGUAUUUUUAUCAAAAUGAGAUUAGUAGUUUUAUUUUUAUAUGUAAAAAACUGCCUUAUUUAUAAAAAUGUUUAUAUAAAGGUAAAAUGUCAAUAAUAUAAAGGUGUAAAGCCUACAAAAUAAAGUGUCUGUCGUCCACAAAGGUGACUAAGCAGGUGUGCCAAAACUGAAGGUGUUACAUAGGUAUUUAUAUGAUAUUUCUAUGUUAUUUUUAUGCAAUUUUAUGUUUGAAAGUACUUUAUUUUAUACUUUAAGACAAAGUUUCCACACUAAUUAUGAAUUUUGUUCUCAUAAGUUAAUUUUGUUUAAGUUCAUUUUUAACAACCAACAGAUAACUUUAACCAUAGACAAAAAUAUCUAUGAUAGUCACAAUUCAAAUCCCCAAAAUAUAGUUUUUAUUGUGUCUGAUUGUUUUUCUUUUAUACUUGUAACAUUACUGUUUGUAUUUCAUAAAUUAUGCAUUUAAAUGAAAUUUUCAAACUAAUUAUAUCCUAGAUUAGAAGGCGCUGGUCGCUGCUACACAAACAACUUAGUCCAACGCUUGUAGCUAUUUUAAAUAGUUUUUUUUAAUCAAAGUCUUUUCCCACACUCUGCAUGCGGAUUUCUGUGGUUCCUAUUCAUUGAUUGGUCAUUAGCAUACUAAUUAGUGGAAUAUGCUUACAGAAACCGACCAUACUCUCCCUGCUGGCCCUAUCGAC